GCUCCUGCUCCCAAGCACUAAAGAAGCUUCAAGAUCUGUGGUUUCGCAAGAACAAGAACCAAUUCCUGCCCAGUGCUCGAGAGAUACUGGCUGGCCGAAAGUCUCUGUCAACGCGGACAGCGAAUUGCAAGCGGAUUCACUCUACUUCACCACGGCCUCGAAACUCACGAUGGCGCCUGAAACGUACACCCUGAGAUGGGGUAUCAUGGCCACUGGUGGCAUCGCCCAGACCUUCGUCAAGGACUUGCUCACCAACCCAGCUAUCCGAGACGUCCAUGAUGUUGCUCACAAGGUCGUCGCCGUGGCCUCGUCCCGAUCCAAGGACAGUGCUGUUUCCUUUCUCGACAAAGUCAAGGCUCCCGAGGGCGCCAAGACAUACGGCUCCUACCACGAGCUCGUGGCCGAUCCGGACGUCGACAUUGUAUACGUCGCCACGCCGCACUCUCACCACUUCCAGAACGCCAUGCUGGUGCUCGAAGCUGGCAAGAAUGUGCUCUGCGAAAAGGCACUCACCGUCACAGCCUCUCAGACGCGCAAGCUCAUUGACAAGGCUCGGGAGAAGAACGUCUUCUUCAUGGAGGCUGUCUGGACCAGAUACCAGCCUCUGAGCGUCAAGGUGCGCGAGAUUGUCCAGUCCGGCGUGCUUGGGCCCGUUCACAGGGUCAUUGCUGAUCUCUCCUUUGCCUCCGGAAAGGAGGACGGGUCUCUUACCUUUCCCAAUGAUCACCGCAUGGUCAACAGGGACUUGGCAGGUGGUGCGCUCCUGGACCUCGGCAUCUAUUCACUCACCUGGGUCUUCCAAAUCCUGUACCAUCUGCAACCCGAGGCUGAGAAAGAGUCGCCCAAGACGGUGGCAGCUAUGAACCAAUACGAGACAGGUGCGGACGAGUCGACCAGUAUCAUUGUCCAGUUCCCCAAGCACAAGACCAUGGGCAUUGCCACGACAAGUCUUCGGGUGCCAACAAACUAUGACGCGUCUGGCAGCCUGAACCCAGCCAUCCGAAUCCAGGGGCCACUUGGCGAGAUUCACGUCAUUGGGAUGGCUUACAGGCCGACCGCAUACAAGGUGAUUCUCAAGAAUGGAGGGGGCAAAUUUGAGGUUGUCGAGUGCCCUGUGCCACGCGACGAGGCACGAGACGGCUGGGGCCAUGGCAUGUUCUGGGAGGCUGACGAGUGUGCGAGGUGCCUUCGGGAUGGCAAGAAGGAGAGCGCUGGGCUUCCAUGGGCGGAGAGCAUCGCCAUUAUGGAGUGCAUGGACUCGGCCCUGAGGCAGGGUGGCGUCCAGUAUCCCGAACUCAUCACCACCGACGUGUACGAUCCUCAGAGUCCUCUGAACACUGGCGGUCGGUGAGGCCCAAGGCUUGGGGUGAGAAGCGCAUUUACCACUGGUUUCUGAGCCUGAGCGAGCCCAAGUUGCGCGAGGCGCCGCUAGGGGCGUUGUAGGUGCAUUCGAGAGGGUGUAUGGGUGCCACGCAGUCUGUAGCGAUGGUGUAGGGAUGGUAGACGACCCGCGGCCACGAACCACGACACCGCCUCUUGGGUGUGGCUGCACAGAGAUCUUUACAGGGUCAGGCACGAUUGGAACGUCAGCCCACGUAUACAUGAACAUGCUUUGCUAAGGCGAGACGGCACUUGCUGCCCUUGUGAUGCCGGCCUCGGAUUCAAUGCCGCCUGACCGCGUUGACGUGUACCACAAGCGUGGACUCACCCUCG